GAAGCAGCCCUCUUACUGCCUUUCUCACUACAACUUGCUAACCUUGAACCUCUACUGUAAAGACAAAGACAUCCCGUUUCUCCUUUAUGAGAGCCUGAAACACGACUUGGGUGAAAGACUUGAACUGUGCAAAAGAUAGUGAGACAGAGAAAUAGAAGGAAACAGAAUAACAGUGACGACGUGACGUGUUUAACAUCCUGAGGGGAUCACGGGCCUCAGCGUGGUCAUAUCAUGAAACCUUCAAUCUCUGUGGGCUCCUCUUCUGGCCUGCUACUGGUCCUGUUGUGGUGCCCCCUGCUGGCCUUGGUCCAAUCUGCCAGCAGCAACAAGGCCGAUAAUGGACACCCACACUUGGGAGAGACUGACCCAGAGAGAUGCAUGAGGCACCACUUUGUGGAGACCAUCACACAUCCGAUUUAUAAGUGCAACUCCAAGAUGGUGCUGCUGGCACGCUGCGAGGGCCACUGCAACCACACGACCCGCUCCGACCCUCUCAUCUCCUUCAGCUCGGUGCUCAAACAGCCCUUCAAGAGCACCUGCUCCUGCUGUCGGCCGCACACUUCCAAGCUGAAGGCAGUGCGGCUGCGCUGCACCGGAGGGACUCGCAUUACGGCCACUUACAGAUACAUCCUAGCCUGCAACUGUGAGGAGUGCAGCUGA